AUGUCCCAGUGCAUUGACUGCGCCAACAGGCCCUCAGACAACGACAGCCUGGGCGGCGCAGAGCAUGAGGGCACCGUGACGCCCACGGUCAUCGGCAUCAUCGUCGGGACAGUGGCCAUCUUUAUCCUGGUCGUGAGCGCGCUGUUCUACUGCGUCAAGCUCGAGAGGGACAAGUACAUGGCCAAAAUGGGCGACAUGGCUGCCACCGCCGUGCCGAGAUCUUUGACCUCCUCCGCGUCGUCGGUGCAUGAGACCUUCCGCCCUGUUGUCGAGUCGCGGUUGUCGUCAGCCACCGUCGUGUCCAGGGCUCCUCCGCAGCAUGAGGACUAUAAUGGCGAGAGCCCGAGAGCGGUGAUGGGCGCCUCGGUUGCAGAUGGGUCUUCUGGGAAGAAGAGGAGGUUGUUUGGGUGGGGGAAAAGGAGGAGUGGUGUUUCCACAGCAGACAGCUCGCCAGUCACAGCUGUAGAGAUGGUGUAA